CUCCUCAGUUGUAUGGAGUCUGCGGCACCAAUGGGCUAGCGCCAGGGUCUCACGUUGGGGCAAUUGCAACCCAAUCUUACAUACCAUCUUGAAAUUUUUUGCUGUGUCGCUGGAACAACACACCCAAACACAAGCAAUUCAAUAUGGUGCUCCAUGCAAUCAAGUACUCUCGAGGUCAGCUCGAAAUCCUCGAUCAGCUGAAACUACCGCAUGCCGAGGAGUAUGAUCACAUCUACUCUAGCACUGACGCAUGGCACGCCAUCAAGGACAUGCGCACGCGGGGCGCACCAGCCAUCGCCAUUGUUGCUGCACUGGCCCUCGCAGUCGAACUGACCAACAUGAAGCUCCCUUCGGCUGCCGAAGAAGUCAAGGUCUUCAUUAUUGAAAAGUUGGACUAUUUGGUUACAAGCCGGCCGACGGCUGUCAACCUUGCAGAUGCUGCUGGCAAGUUGCGAAAGAUCACUGAAAAUGCCGCGGCAAAGGAAGAGGCAAAUGGAGAGGCUGUGCGGGAGGCGUAUGUGGCUGCUGCAGAGCAGAUGCUCGUCGAUGAUGUGAGCGACAAUGAGAGCAUCGGAAAGCACGGCGCAGACUGGAUCGUGAAGAACACCGAGGCUGGAAAGGCAGGCCCAGUCGGCAUGAUGACGCAUUGCAACACUGGGUCCCUUGCUACUGCCGGGUAUGGUACGGCGCUUGGUGUGAUCCGGUCACUGCAUGCCAACGGCUCACUGAAGCAUGCUUUUUGCUCAGAGACUCGCCCGUACAACCAAGGCUCUAGACUGACAGCAUUCGAGCUGGUUCACGACAAAAUACCGGCCACUCUCAUCACAGACUCUAUGGCGGCGGCCCUGCUUCGGUUGCGGGGCAAGAGCGAGAACAUUGCCGGCAUAGUGGUUGGCGCAGACCGAGUAGCCGCAAAUGGCGAUACAGCCAAUAAAAUUGGCACAUACUCACUCGCCAUCCUUGCUCGGCAUCAUGGGGUAAAGUUUCUUGUAGCCGCACCACGAACGACAAUCGACUUGAAGACCAAGUCCGGAGCAGACAUCGUCAUCGAAGAGCGGCCUGGAAAAGAGGUAACACUUGUAAAGGGACCAAGGCACGAUGGUAUCUUGCUCGAUCUGGGCGUCGUCGAGACGAUCAGCAUCGCAGCCAACGGUAUUGGGGUAUGGAACCCGGCCUUCGACGUCACUCCUGCAGAACUGAUUGAUGGAAUCAUCACCGAGGUCGGUGUGGUCGAGAAGGACAGCAAUGGGGUAUUCCAUUUGGACAAGGUUUUCGAAGCUGAGAGCUCAGGAGCCAGGACUUCAACUAUUGGUGGACUAUAAGACCGGAGGCUUCCGUCUUCCUAUACAAGAACGAUGCUCUCAGAAUCUAUCAUCGCCUGUCCUCUGUUUUGUGCAUAUCGUACUAGCCGAAUCUGCAGCUUGUCUUGGUUACUGUGAAAUUAUUGUGGUGUUUGUGCGUGUAUCAUCUGAUUGGAUAUUGAUAGGAGUACGCGAGCCGUUAUUGUGUAGUGGGUUUCGCCGACUUCAUGAGGCCUUCUCAUCUGCUUUCGAUGAUUGCUUGUCGUCCGCCUUGCUGUCCUUCAACUCCUUCUCUGCUUUUUCUGCCUGUGCAAGGAGAGCUUCAAUCUUCUUCUCUAUGGAAUCAAGGUGGGACUCUAGGGCGGCUGCCGUCUGCUCCCCUCGCUGCAGUUCCUUGAACGCCUCUGCAAGAUCAGCUUCGGCAUGCGACCUAUUAU